AUGAAGCUUCUACUAUUUUUCGCUCUGCUGGUCAUGAGUUUUACUAGCCUAGUUCAGGCUAGCAAACUGGUUGUAGCACACUUCAUUGUCGGAAACACAUACCCAUAUACGAUCGAAAAUUGGAAAGAGGACAUCAAGGAUGCUCACUCGGCAGGAAUCGAUGGUUUCGCACUAAAUAUUGGUGGUGAUGCUUGGCAGGUUGAACGUGUCAGUGAUGCCUAUGAAGCAGCUAGUAGCGUAUCUCCAGAUUUCAAGCUCUUCUUAUCGUUUGAUAUGACCGUCAUGCCAGCAAAUCCGGAUUACAUUGAAGGGAUAGUGAGACGAUUUGCUAGGAAACCCAAUCAAUUAUGGUGGGAUAACAAGGUCUUUGUUUCAACCUUUUCUGGUGAAAGCGACUUCUUCGGACACUCAGACGUUAGUACUGGUUGGAAUUUAGCUGUAAAGCAACCAUUAGAAUCUGCUGGUUAUCCUAUCUUCUUUGCUCCUAGUUGGACUUCUUUGGGAGGCGGAGCUUUACAACAAAGCGUAACCGACGGCUUCGUUUCCUGGAACACAUGGCCUACGACUUCCGCAGAUAUGAAUGCUAAUGAUGAUUACUAUUAUAAGCAAUUAGCGAAUUCUUUGGGUAAGAUUUACAUUGCACCUAUUUCGCCAUGGUUCUAUACUCAUCUAAGCUAUAAAAAUUGGGCAUACAAGAGCGAUUGGCUCUACGUGGACCGUCUGCAGCAAAUGUUGGAUGUUCAGCCUGACAUGAUUGAGGUCUUAACCUGGAACGAUUUUGGUGAGUCUCAUUACAUCGGUAAGAUUCAAGGUGCUUUACCUUCUGGAUCUGAGAGCUAUGUUGAAGGUUUCGAUCAUACUGCUUGGCGUUUAAUGCUAGCUCCAUAUAUCGCCGCUUUUAAGGAUGGGGCACGCAAACCUUAUAUUAACUUUGAGUCUCUGUUUUACUGGUAUAGACCUUCUUCAAAGUAUAGUGUUCCUACUCAAGAUGGUAUUGGUUAUCCUUCUGGAGGUGACUAUGAUCAAGACAAAAUUUAUGCCGUAGUUUAUCUGCUGCAGCCUGCCGAAGUUACUAUGUCUUGUGGUAAAAACAGCCAGACUUUUAAUGCCGAAGCUGGUGUUCACCGUUUCUCUAUCAACAUGGCACCAGGCUCUAGUCCAAGUUUCAGUGUUUCUAGACAGGGUAAAGAAAUGGCUUCACAAACAGGACCAAAAAUUGAAGAAACCAUUAAAGAAUAUAACUUCAAUGCCCACACUGGUUAUUUGUUCUUUUAA